GGCUUCAAUCGAUGCUUUGCCAUUGGCUUGGUUUCCCUUUCUCUAUCUACAACUCCCUUUCUCUCUCUCUCUUCAUGCCGUUUUUCUCUCGGAUUCUCGAAGCUCUGUAAUCAUUCUCUGCGAAGAAGACGAAGCGGAUGAUUGAAAGCUGUAUCCCUCUAAAAACUUCAACAUGAAUUCGACUCCGCUUUCUUAUCGUUCGAAUCAGGUAGAUUAUUCUCGCUCCGGUUAUUAUAUUAUUCCUCGUGAAUGUUCUAAAGCUCAAAUGUGCCUUCAAAAGAUUCUUCAUAUUAUUUCGUCUGUUCCUCGCCAAGAACCGUGUGUGGAUUCGAAAAUCGGGAAAUUAGACCUCGAUGGAAAUGUAAGCGGUGGAGGAGGGUUUCGUACUGAUUUUAAUCUGAGAUUCGGUGCGUUUAUGGUGGACGAAGAUCAAGAAUUGGUAGGUUUUGUGGAGAAUGGAGGAAGCGGUGGUGGAAAUGGUUCGGUAGACGCUACCGAGAAAUGUUCGUACGGUGAUGGUAACGGCGAGGGCGCGAAAUGCUCUGAGUCUCUUGUAAAUGAGACUGGAAAAUACGACGUUGAUGGACACGUGAGGGAAAUUCCAGAACAUUCGAAGAUCGCUGAAAGCAGCAGGUUCAACGAAAACGAAAGCGAAAAGACAGUCGUAGAAGAAGAACAAAGUAACUCGAACAAACUCACGGCGAGUUCCGUUGAUCGAAGGGACGAUGACGAAGCCGAAACGGCACCGUUCAAUGGAGCAAAAUGCAAGAGCAGUGGCGAUUGUCUAGGUUUGCUCAUCGAAGCGGCGAGGCUGAUAUUUGGAGACAUCAGUGAGAACGAAUUCGAUACUGAGUUAACUCAAGAAGAAAGCGAGUUAAACAACGAGUUAGACAUCAAAGAUCCGAGUCAACUCGAGAAAGUAAUUUCAGAGUCGCAUUCAAGCGAAUCAAAGAGGAUGAAGCUCGAACGAGGAAACUGGAUGGUGAUGAACAUAGUAAGAGAUAUUGACGACAGGUCGCCAUUGGUGAGGUCAAAGAGAGGAAGAAGCCAAGUCUUGCCAUGUCGUUAUAAAGACUCAGUUCUCGAGCCAUGGCGAUCCCAACCAUUGCCAAGCAAGAUCAAGGUCUCGAGGAGACAACGACGAUCGAGGUUUCGCACGUAGAUCGAAUCUGAAACUGCAGAGGACACGAGAAGACUGAGGGAGAAAUGAGAAUCCGCCAUUAAUGGUGACUGUACAGUGAACGGUAAGAUCGCAGGACUGAAUUCAGAAGGUGGGUUUUCAUUUUAAUAAUGUCUUCCUCUCUUUUUUUGGCUCUUUUUUUUCCCACUCUUUUUGUGGAGAAGAUGGAGAUAAUGAUGAAUGGUUUGCGUAUUAAAAAUCCAUAGUUAUUGCUGUUUAACCUUCUCAAUUCCUAGGCAACAUAAUUCAUUUUUCUCUCCCUAUGGUUGAAGUGGGAAACAAAUGUGAAAACUUUAUAUAAGUUUGUAAUCAUAUGUUAAACUUAAGUUGAUAUUUUAGGCCCUAAAUUGUGAACCCAAGUUGCAAAUUCUUUUGAGUUACCAAGCAAUUGGUGAUAUUUAAGAUCUUACUAUCAUUCUCUGCAA